AUGCACUCCAGCACCCCCAUCAGCUCCCUCUUCUCCUUCACUAGCCCAGCAGUGAAGAGACUGCUAGGCUGGAAGCAAGGAGAUGAAGAGGAAAAGUGGGCAGAGAAGGCGGUAGACUCAUUAGUGAAGAAAUUAAAGAAGAAGAAAGGAGCCAUGGAUGAGCUGGAGAGGGCCCUCAGCUGUCCAGGGCAGCCCAGCAAAUGUGUGACAAUUCCCCGGUCCCUGGACGGGCGGCUGCAGGUGUCCCACCGCAAGGGUUUGCCCCAUGUCAUUUAUUGCCGAGUGUGGCGCUGGCCUGACCUCCAGUCUCACCACGAGUUGAAGCCGCUGGAGUGCUGUGAGUUCCCAUUUGGCUCCAAGCAGAAAGAGGUGUGCAUUAACCCCUAUCACUACCGCCGGGUGGAGACUCCAGUGCUGCCGCCUGUCCUCGUGCCAAGGCACAGUGAAUAUAACCCCCAGCUCAGCCUCCUGGCCAAGUUCCGCAGCGCCUCCCUCCACAGUGAGCCUCUCAUGCCGCACAACGCCAUCUAUCCGGACUCUUUCCAGCAGCCUCCGUGCUCUGCCUUCCCUCCCUCGCCCGGGCCUGGGCACGUGUUCUCACAGUCCCCGUGCACCGCCGGCUGCCCUCACUCCCCAGGAAGCCCCUCGGAGCCAGAGAGCCCCUAUCAGCACUCAGUUGACACACCACCCCCGCCUUAUCAUGCCACAGGAGCCCCAGGGACCCAGAAUGGCCGACCCGUAGAUGCCACAGCUGAUAGUCAUUUAGUGCUGUCAGUGCCUAAUGGAGACUUUCGGCCAGUUUGCUAUGAGGAACCACAACACUGGUGCUCAGUCGCCUACUAUGAACUCAACAACCGGGUUGGGGAGACGUUCCAGGCCUCCUCCCGAAGCGUGCUUAUUGAUGGAUUCACAGACCCUUCAAAUAACAGGAAUCGAUUCUGUCUUGGACUUCUUUCUAAUGUAAACAGAAACUCAACAAUAGAAAACACCAGGAGACACAUAGGAAAGGGUGUGCAUUUAUACUACGUCGGGGGCGAGGUGUACGCGGAGUGUGUGAGCGACAGCAGCAUCUUUGUACAGAGUCGGAACUGCAACUAUCAGCACGGCUUCCACCCGGCCACCGUCUGCAAGAUCCCCAGCGGCUGCAGUCUCAAGAUCUUCAACAACCAGCUCUUUGCUCAGCUGCUGGCUCAGUCAGUUCACCACGGAUUUGAAGUCGUCUAUGAGUUGACUAAGAUGUGCACUAUCCGCAUGAGCUUUGUUAAGGGCUGGGGAGCUGAGUAUCAUCGCCAGGAUGUCACGAGCACCCCCUGCUGGAUUGAGAUUCAUCUUCAUGGACCACUGCAGUGGUUGGACAAAGUUCUGACUCAGAUGGGCUCUCCACAUAACCCGAUUUCUUCAGUGUCUUAACAGCCAGUCAUGUCUUAAGCUACAUUUCUAUAGAAUAGAUGCUAUUGCAGGCAGUGGCUUAUAUAGCAUUUCAGAUCUGCAAUUAACUGAA